CAAGCCUCACAGCCGCCUUCUCACCCACCUUCAGGUCCUCGCCGGCUUUUCUAAGCGUCCCCGUGGGGUUCACUCUCAGACUGACGUCGGUCGCGGUCGCCUCAAUUUUUGUGCUUUGUGCAGGUCUCCUGCCUCUGUCUUCCUAGCCUUGGUCGUUCUCCCCGGCUACGGUGUCUGUGACUUGAGGAUCAAGGCCCCCCGCACCCACCUCUGCCCUGAGAGAGAGAGAUGGAGGAGUCGGGGUGCCACACAGAGGUCAUGGAAGAAGGGACAGCGUGCUCCUUCAACAGCCCUCUGUUCCAGCAGGAAGACAAGAGUGGGGUCACCUACCGGAUCCCAGCCCUGCUCUACAUUCCUCCCAAACGUACCUUCCUGGCCUUCGCAGAGAAGCGUUCUACAUGCAAGGAUGAGGAUGCUCUCCACCUGGUGCUGAGGAGAGGGUUGAGGACUGAGCACUCGGUACAGUGGGAACCCAUAAGGCCACUGAUGGAAGCCACCUUACCUGGGCAUCGUACCAUGAACCCCUGUCCUGUGUGGGAGCAGAAGAAUGGCCGUGUCUACCUCUUCUUCAUCUGUGUGCAGAAACACGUCACUGAGCGUCAACAGAUUAUGUCAGGCAGGAAUGCAGCCCGCCUUGCCUUCAUCUGUAGUCAGGACUUUGGCUGCUCAUGGAGCAAGGUGAAGGACCUGACUGAGGAGGUCAUUGGCCCAGAGAUGACGCACUGGGCCACAUUUGCUGUGGGCCCAGGUCAUGGCAUCCAGCUGCAGUCAGGGCGGUUGGUGAUCCCUGCAUAUGCCUACUACAUCCCUGAGCGGUCUGCUUGGUGUUGGCUAACACGUAAAGUCAAGCCUCAUUCCCUGAUGAUCUACAGUGACGACCUAGGAACUACCUGGCACCAUGGCAGACUCAUUAAGUCCACAGUGACAGUAGAGUGUGAAGUGGCAGAGGUGACUGGGUCAGCUGGCCCCCCUGUGCUGUAUUGCAGUGCACGGACUCCAAAUAGAUACCGAGCGGAGGCCCUCAGCUCAGACCACGGUGACUGCUUUCAGACAGUGACCCUCAACCAGCAGCUCCAUGAGCCCCCACAUGGCUGCCAGGGCAGCGUGGUAAGUUUUCAGCCCCUGGAGAUCCAACAAGGGUGCCAGGUUCCUAGUGGCAAAGCUGCCUCUACCACUCAGCCGAGCCCUUUGCUGGGCAGCUCACUGGGGCCACAGCAGGAAGCUACAACAUCAUCAAAAUCAUGGCUCUUGUAUUCACACCCAGUCAACAAGAGGCGGAGGGUUGACCUAGGCAUCUACCUCAACCAGGGUCCCUUGGAGGCUGCCUCCUGGUCCCAGCCCUGGGUCUUACACUAUGGGCCCUGUGGCUACUCUGAUCUGGCUGUUCUGGAGAGUGAGGGUUUAUUUGGGUGCUUGUUUGAGUGCGGAACCAAGAGUGAGUGUGAGCAGAUUGCCUUCUGUCUCUUUACAAGCCACAAUAUCCUGAACCACAUGCAGGGGGGCGGCACCAGCCCGCGUAGUGACCGUCGGCAGUGACUCGCCUGUUCCCAGUGAGCCCACUGGCUCAGGAGGCCCCUUCUACAGAAGGGAAACCCAAAGGCAACCACCGUCAGGGUAAUGGAGACCAGAGGUCACUGCAGUCUCCACAGAACCCCACCACAGUAUUCUGGACCCUACCUGUUCUUACUUCUCUUUUUCCAAAGAGCAAAAUGAAAAUUUUGCCAUGAGCACUGCCAUGGAAAGAGCAAGCAUUGCUCUGGGAGUGGGAGACCAUGAUGUGUCCUCUGCGGCUGGCUGACUUGGGCACCUGGGACUUGCCUCCUGAACCCUCUACCUCCAAUCUGUCUCCACCUGUGAAAUGAGAGGACCAGUUCUGUGAUUUCUCCUCUUCCCGCCCCUCCCAGGGGCAGAGUGCCUGUACGCUCCCUGAUGGCAGGUCCUGGUGUCUGCAUUCUCAUCUCAGAAUGAAAGUUAUUUUCAAGUGACUCACUACUCAUUCAAUCUGGUAACAAUAUGAAGGAAGAUCUGGAUGGUUUGUUUGUUUAUAAUAACAAAAACACCCACCCCCUUGUAGUCAUGCUCUUAACUUUACAGGCUCGUGUUCCAGAGGAACCGGGCCAAACCGAAUCAUGACAUCAACUACCAACUCUGCAGCCCUGCUGAACCUUCCCUUCCUCCCCUGGGAGCAUUCUUCCCAGGGAGAAAAGGCGAAGCUCAGUGAGUUUUGGUGUCCAUAACGCUAGUUCCUAUUUCUGAUGACAGUUACCUGAAGUUCACUUAUUAGGAUGGUUCCUGAUGGGAAAAGGACAUGGAUUUGAACUUCAAAACACUGAACAAAAUUUCCCCCAAUCUGUCUUAUUAGCUUCCACUUUGUGAGAGAGAGAGAGAAAAAAAAUCAAGACAAUAAAAGCUGCUAGCGGGCUAGCGUGUAGAUAUUGGGUCUAAACGGGCUGAGGGCAGCUCCUGGCAUCACUGUGUUAGCUUUAUCCUCAUUGUGCCUGAAGUCACCUGCCUCCUGGCUUAUCCAGGCUGCUGGGUUUCUUCCAGUUUCUUUCUCGCAGAAUAUUCCUUUCUCAUGGAGAAGGUCUUCACCAUUAGGAAAGUCUCUGGGACCUCAGACCUUUGAAUCAGGCUUGUUUGUUUGGACCAGCUGAGAUCAUUAUAAAGUAGGGGUGCUGCUUUACCAGGUGUGGACUGAAUUUGCUGGUGCUAGUUCUCCCGGGUGGGGCCACAUGGGCUGCUCCCAGAUGGUUUCUUCUCAAGCCGGGCGUUGUGACAGAAAAUCCUAUUCUGAAAAAUUUAUUUUUUGCCCCUAUUUUAGGAAGAUAAUGCCUUCAGUUGGUAUCAGCUGGUGCUGAGUGAUGAGCCCGGAAAGCAAGUCUUAGUUGUGGCACAAAGCCUGGGAGGGAGGCUAGGGGUUCCAGCUCCCCCAGUCUGGUGGGGGAGAGUCCUGCAGGAUGAAAUGGAGACUAACUUUACCCACUUUCUCAUCUGGCUUCAGCCCGUGGCUUGGAGUGGCUUUUGUUAUUUCUUACCCCUUCCUAUAUUUGCCAAAGUUACUUCCCAAUAUACAGUUAUAACCAUUCAUUCACUCAUUGAGACUUUUAUCUAGAUAUUUCUUGAGUGUCUGUGCAUACGUAAGGUGCUUUCUAUUGCCAUUCCUUGUUUGAGAAUCAUCUGUGGCUCCUCAUUGCCUACUAAAGGUGUUUACACUUAGCUGGGUACAAAGGACCUUCAGUUACUGGGUGAAAUAACACAUAGAUACUGACGCUUUCUUUAUCUGAAGCCCAGUGUCAGAGAUGAGUCGUCAAGUGGAUGGGGAUCGGGGCCUGGGGUGGGUGGAGUGGUUGGUACAGGGAGGACUAGGGGUAGGGGUAGGGGUGAGCAUUCAGACUGGCCCCUCCAGAGUAGUAGAAAUUGCUUGCUCAGCAGUGCCUUCCUGAGCUCCUGACUGACUCAGGGUAAAGAUGACAGCUCAGUUUUGUGGCCAGGACUAAAGCAUGAAGAGAAACAAGGCAUCGUUGGGACUACCCAUGAAGAGUCAAAGAAGGACCCAUGCCCGUGGGGAGCACAGAUGCCCAGUACCACGGGCUGCCCUGUGUGGUUUUCUGUGUGUGGCUCUAGAUCUUUGCUGGGCUGGAAACUCCUGAGGUCAAGUCUGACUUCUCUGUGUCCUUUUGAGCCUUAAAUCACAGCUACUUAUUUACAAAUACAUGGUUUUCCUAUCAUAGUCUAAAUUCCCUGAAGAUCAGGACUAUGAUUCCUUUCUUUGACCUCUGCAACCUGCAUCAGGCCUGGCACAGAAUAGACAACAGUAAAGCAGAGCUGAAAGACUCAAGGAGUCAGAGACCUUGGCCUUAGGGAGCUGAUUGAGGAGACCAAGGCCACUCCCCCACCCUGCCCUGGAGGAAGCCCGCUCCCCUGUGGCUUGCACAGCUUCCUCAACCUGCUCACACUUGCCCUGAAGGAGACCUCUGCCCAAGCCAGCCACAGUACAUCGGGGGUGGG